AUGGUUAAAACUCGUUCUUCAAUUUCUCCUUCACAUUCUGUAAAGAUAGCUGCUGAUAAGAAGAAAAUGGAAAAUGUUUCUGAUGAUGGAGAUCGUGAUGAUUCUGAUCGUUCUGGUGGUUCUGGUGGAUCAUCGGAUGGUAGUCGUGGCUCGGCAUUGCAAAAGAGAAAAAGAGUUGUUGAGAAAGUGAAGAAGGAAGAUGUUCGAAAUGUGAAAAAGAUGAAGCAAGUUGCUGAAGAUUUGCCUGAGGAUUAUGAUAGUGAAGACUUGGAGGUUGAAGUUCGUAAUGAUUUGAAGGUUUUUGAUGGGUAUUUUUCUUGUUUGCUAUGGAAACUUUUGGUUUACAAAUAUUGGAAAGUUUUGGAAUGGGAUUUAUAUUUCAAGCCUGGUGAAAAGAUUCAGGGAAAAGUGAUGUUAUUCCCUAAUCAAGAUAACAUUGUUGUCAAAAAUAUUAAUUCCAAGUUGACUAAAGAUCGACGUAAGUUGUUUCGUGGUACUUGUUUUGGUUAUUUUUUAGAUAGCCAUCCUGUUGGUUUUCAGUCUCAACUAGUUCAUAAUGCCUUACAUAGGGAGGUAUAUCAGAAAAAUGAAAAAGAAAUGUGGUUUAAGUUUGGUGAUGAGAAUUUCAGAUUCAGUUUAGCUGAGUUUGCUGUUGUUUCUGGUUUACUGUGUGUUGGUGAUGCCGAUUUGAGUAAGUAUACACACAGAGAAAAUGCUUUUGUUGAUCGAUAUUUUUGUGAUCAGACAGUGACUGUUAGUGCUGUUGACCCUUUUUUUAUCUAUAGUGAUUUCAAGUCAGAUGAGUAUGCUGUGAAGAUGGUUGUUUUGUACCUUGUUAAUAAUUGUUUGAUUAGUAGCGUUUACUCAAAAAAAGUUCCUGUUGAGAUUUUGAACAUAAUCGGGGUUGAUGAGUAUGGUAGUUUCCCAUGGGGUAUACCAGUGUUUGAAUUAACUUUGCACAAUUUAAAGAUUGGUCUAAGGGGUGUUAUGAAGGGAAAAGGUGUUUCUAAGCCUCUUGCUAAGGUUAAAGGGAAACAUUUGGAAAAGGGUCCUCGAUCUUAUAAACUUCCUGGUUUACCUUUUGCAUUCUUGGUUUGGUUGUAUGAAACCAUUGCUUUGUGCUUGAAGGCAAGGUUUUGUUCCUAUGAUUCUGGUAAACCAUAUAGGUUUUGUAGAUGGAAGAGUAUUGGAAAUCCAAAUUCAAGUGAAGUUGAGAAUAAAGUUCUAUCUUCAAAUAAGCUGAAAGGAAAACAUAUUGUGCCUACUGAAAAUGAAAGGAAUGGUUUAUUUGUCCUUACUGGAAUGGAGUUUAUUGGCCGAGAAGAGUCAGAUGAUGACUUUGAUGAUGUUCCAUUCUCAAAGUUUAAUGUUGAUAGAGUUGGAUCUUCUGGUGUACAAAAGGAGUUUACUGGUGGUUUUGAUGUCGAUGGUGUGAUGCGUAAGAUGAAGGAUUUUAUUUCUAGGCAAAAGAAGACUGAUGAGUCUAUUGCAGUAUUGAAUAAGGUGUUGGAGGGUAGAUUCAAGGAGUUGCAGUUAAGUCUUCAGUCGUAUAUUGACUCAAAGAUCAGUGAAGACUUGUUUUUUUUUAUGGAAUUGAAGUUUAAUGAGUUGAAGGAAGCUAUUGAAAAUGCAAAAAUUUCUAAAGAUGAAAAUGAUAGUCCUGAUGAGAGCGAUGGCAAGUAUGAUGAUUUAAAUGAUGUUGAAGUUUUUGAUGUGAAAAGUCAAGAUGCAAUUGAAACUGUUGGACUCGAUGAGAAUAUUCAAUAUACUCAGGUUUUUAAUGAUGAUGCUCCUUCAUUUGAUAUUAUGAGUUUUAUUUCUAGUAAACCUGAUUGGUUUACUGAAGAAAAAAAGAAUACUGAUAAAUUGAAUGAUGAAGAACAGGUUGUUGAUGAUCAUGGCCUUUUUAAGGAUGUUGUUAAAAAAUCUAAGGAGGAUGAAGAUGAUGGUGGAGAUGACCAGGCAAGUUUGGGGGGUGGUGAUGCUGUUAAAGCUAUUGGUUCAGAUGGGACAAAUAAAGACAAUGUUGAGGGAAAGAAUACUGAAGAAGCGAAAGAUGUUGCAGAUGGGAGCAAUAAAGAUAAUGUUGAGGGCAGAGCAGUUGAUGUAGAUGCAAGUGUAAAUGAUGUUGAAGGUGUUGCUAGUAAGGGAAAGUUGUUUGAUAGUCAAGGAACUGAGGAUAGUAUCACUGUGUCUGCUUUGGAGAUUAUAAAUGAAAAGAUUGAUGCUUAUGAGGGAAGCAUUAAAAAGGAUAAGUCUUUAAAUAAAUUAGAGGCAACAAAUGCUGAUGUUUUAUCUAGCUAUGGGUUGGACAAGACUGAUGUUGUUGGUGUUGAGAAGAAACAUGGUUCUCAAGAAAGCUUUUCUGUAUCUACCAUGGAGGUUGUUAAUGAUCAUUUGGUUUCCUAUGAAGACAGUUUGAAAAAGGGAAAGUCUAUAAAAUUGGAGGAAGCAACUCCUACAGUUGGAAAUAGAGAGAGGAAACCUAGUUCUGUAUACAACAGUCCGUAUACCACAGAAUUUGGUUCAGGUAGUAUUGGUAAACCAAAAGGUGGACGUCCUGGAUCAUGUGCUUUUGGAUUUGGCUUUUUCAAUGUGAUUGAUGAUGUGCAAGCUAAAUCUUUUGAUCAAUGGUUUAAGAUUGGGUUUAAUGAUAAAAACAAAGUGAAGAAGUUUAAAGAAUGUCAUAGGAAGCUUAAGGUUCCAUUGGAUUUUGUGGUUUGUCAAAUUGACGAUAAGAUGUGGUUCUAUGAUUUGCUUACUGUUGGGAAGAACUUGACAUGCUCGCAUAUUGAUGUUUGUUUCUACUAUUUGAGAAAGAAGUUAAAGUAUGACCAGUCUGUGAAAAUUUCUGGUAACACUACUGAUUGCUUCUUUGCUUCUCAAAUUUUCGAUUUAUAUAAUGAGUUUGUUGCAAGUGGUGAAAAUUUUGAUUCGAUUAAGAAGGAUUCUAAGGCAGCUGCAUACAUAGCGGGUUUUUAUAUGUUAUGCAAUAAACCCUGGGCUGAGCUUGAUUUCGUUCUAAUGCCUGUUAAUGUGAUUGUUCUUGCUCAUUGGAUAUUGUGUAUUCUUGACAUUAAGAUGAGAUGCUUAAAAGUGUUAAAUUCUAUGAGGUUUGGGAGGUACAAGAACAACUCAGAGAGUUUUGUUCGUGCAUUUGCUGUAAUAAUUCCUAUCUUGCUGUCACAUGUUAAUUUCUAUGAGGGGACAAAAGAUAUUGACAGGAGUAGUAAGCACUGGCAAGGUAAAAAAGAUACUGAUGCGUUUGAUAUUGUCGUGGUUGAUAAUUUGCCACAACAAGAGGAUAGUGAUUGUGGUGUUUUUAUCAUAAAGUAUGCUCAUUUCUUUAUGCAUGGAUUGAUUGAUAAGAUUCCUAAGAAGUUGGACAUUGCAUUCACUCGUAAGAAGUUGUGUGUUGAUCUGUUUGUUCAUGCAAAGAAGAAGGAGUUGGGUGGGUACGAGUCUACUUCGGAGAAUCCAGGAAGGAUGCCAUAG